CUUAUUCUCUAGCCUUAUCCUAGCCUGGCUGUUGCGUCUCGCUCCCUAUGAUGCCCAUGACAUGAUAUUUGUUCGUUUCAUCUGCUAUGUUUGGUUGUGUGUCUAGUUGUUGCCAGCACAUGAUGCAGCAGAUAGCUUCAGAAGGUCUGACAACAUAAGCAAGUGCAUGGCUGCUGAACAGGAUUACGUGCGAUAGGUUGCAGCUGAUGGAUUUUGUGAGAUCGCAUGAGCGAGCCGCUGGACGUGUGAGUAGCCUCCCUGGACCUCCACGCAGGCAGCUUCGAGCGAGGCUUCUGCAGCCGUAAAAUCUGGAGAGGCAAAUGGUGGACCGUCCUCUUUGUCCGUGUGGGACCUUUUGGAGACGGGAGUGGCACUCAGCAUCCAGCAUAAGGAAGGAAACAAGAAGGUUCCAUCCCCUGAACUGCAUUGUGGAGGUUUGCAUGACCUUGACCUUCGCGCCGACCGACGCCGCACGCUGGCUGGAGCAUGCAGGUCAAAGAUCGAAGGAGGCAGCGUGCAGCGACGUCUCACCAGUCACCAUCACCACACCACUAGACCGCGAAUCAGAUGCGAUGCAUUUGCAUGCUGCAUGCAUUAUAGCACGCUCCCAUCAUUAUCGUUAAUAAAUACAGCAAGUUGCUCGCUCCCAUGCUCUGACUCUAACUGAGAAAGGCUAGACCCUCUUUUCUUUUUUCUUUUUGGAUAAGUACAAGGCAAGGCCUUCGUCUGAACAACAGCCAGCUCGUGGCAACUCUCCAGGCUCCAGCACAGCACCACCAUGGCAUUGCGUGCCAUGAGCCUGCUGCUGCCUGCUGCCACCUUCGUCAUGGUUGCAAUGGCCUCCUGGGGAGCGCACGGUGGUGCCAGCGACAGCGAUGAUGCCAGUUCUCUACUUGCCUUCAAGGCAGAGCUCGCUGGCAGCGGCUCCGGUGUGCUGGCCUCCUGGAACGGCACCGCCGGCGUCUGCAGAUGGGAAGGCGUGGCGUGCAGCGGCGGCGGCCAGGUGGUGUCGCUGAGCCUGCCCUCCUACGGGCUCGCCGGCGCGCUCUCCCCGGCCAUCGGGAACCUGACGUCCCUGCGGACGCUGAACCUGAGCUCUAACUGGUUCCGCGGGGAGGUCCCGGCGGCCAUCGGCCGCCUAGCGCGUCUGCAGGCGCUGGACCUGAGCUACAACGUCUUUUCCGGUACGCUGCCCGCCAACCUCAGCUCCUGCGUCAGCUUACAGGUGCUGAGCCUCAGCAGCAACCAGAUCCAUGGCAGCGUCCCUGCCGAGCUCGGCAGCAAGCUCUCGAGUCUUCGGGGGCUCCUGCUGGCCAACAACAGCCUGGCGGGCGCCAUCCCAGGAUCGCUCGGUAACCUUUCGUCCCUCGAGUACCUUGAUCUGACAGAGAACCAGCUCGAUGGUCCGGUGCCCCACGAGCUUGGCGGCAUCGGAGGCCUCCAGUCCCUUUACCUCUUCGCGAACAGCCUGUCGGGUGUGCUCCCACGGUCCCUGUACAACCUGUCCUCGCUCAAGAACUUCGGGGUAGAAUACAACAUGCUGUCUGGAACUCUCCCUGCCGACAUCGGCGACAGGUUCCCCAGCAUGGAAACUCUUAGCUUCUCUGGCAACCGGUUCAGCGGAGCUAUCCCGCCUUCGGUCUCCAACCUCUCCGCUCUCACGAAGCUUGACCUCUCCGGAAAUGGCUUCAUCGGGCACGUGCCUCCUGCCCUGGGGAAGCUGCAAGGCCUCGCUGUCCUGAACUUGGGCAACAACCGGCUAGAAGCCAACGAUAGCCACGGGUGGGAGUUCAUCACUUCCCUGGCAAACUGUAGCCAGCUUCAGAACCUGAUCCUUGGCAACAACUCCUUCGGUGGUAAGCUGCCAGCUUCAAUCGCCAACCUAUCGACGGCUCUCGAAACUCUCUAUCUGGGAGACAACAGGAUCUCUGGGCCUAUUCCAUCGGACAUCGGCAAUCUGGUUGGUCUGAAACUACUUGAGAUGGCAAACAUCUCCAUCUCCGGAGAGAUCCCGGAGAGCAUUGGGAGGCUGAAAAACCUGGUUGAACUGGGCCUUUACAACACCAGCUUGUCAGGCCUCAUACCUCCCUCGCUCGGAAACCUUACACAGCUCAACAGGCUCUACGCAUACUACGGAAACCUAGAGGGACCCAUUCCGAGCAGCCUCGGAAACCUGAAGAACGUGUUCGUCUUUGAUCUGUCAACAAAUGCACUCAACGGUUCGAUUCCCAGAGGGGUGCUGAAGCUUCCUCGGCUUUCCUGGUACUUAGACCUGUCAUACAACUCGCUAUCUGGUCCACUCCCAGUGGAAGUCGGCGGCUUGGCAAAUCUUAACCAGCUGAUUCUGUCGGGAAACCGGCUGUCGAGCAGCAUACCUGACAGUAUCGGGAACUGCAUUUCACUGGAUCGGCUGCUGCUGGAUCACAACUCGUUUGAGGGAACCAUACCUGAAUCCCUGAAGAACUUAAAAGGUCUCGGCUUGCUGAACCUGACCAUGAAUAAGCUGUCUGGUGCAAUUCCUGACGCUCUGGCCGGUAUCGGCAACCUGCAGCAGCUGUAUCUAGCACACAACAACCUUUCGGGUCCGAUUCCAGCAGUUCUGCAGAACCUGACGCUGCUGUCAAAGCUGGAUCUGUCCUUCAACGAUCUCCAGGGCGAAGUGCCAGAAGGGGGUGUUUUCGCGAACGCAACGGCCUUGUCAAUCCAUGGAAACGACGAGCUUUGCGGCGGAGCCCCUCAGCUACGUUUAGCUCCAUGCUCCGAGGCUGCCGCGGAGAAGAACGCGAGGCAGGUGCCAAGGUCGGUCGUGGUCACUCUCGCAUCACUCGGCGCGCUUGGAUGCUUAGGUUUAGUAGCUGCUCUUGUCCUUCUGGUCCACAAGAGGUGCCGCAGACAGAGGAAGGCAAGCCAACCCGUUUCCUCGGCGAUCGAUGAACAGUUCGGGAGGGUCUCGUACCAAGCGUUGUCGAAUGGAACCGGUGGUUUCUCGGAGGCGGCUUUGCUCGGGCAAGGGAGCUACGGCGCUGUUUACAAAUGCACUUUGCAUGAUCAUCAGGCUGGUAACACCAUCACCACGGCUGUAAAGGUGUUCAACGCACGACAGUCCGGGUCUACCAGAAGCUUCGUGGCCGAAUGCGAGGCCCUGCGGAGGGUCCGUCACCGCUGCCUCAUGAAGAUCGUCACCUGCUGCUCGAGCAUCGACCACCAGGGUCAGGAAUUCAAGGCGCUGGUUUUCGAGUUCAUGCCCAACGGCAGUCUGGACGACUGGCUGCAUCCGGCAUCUGGAGCACACCCGCUGAACAACACGCUCAGCCUGGCCCAGAGACUGGACAUCGCUGUGGACGUCUCGGAUGCCCUGGAAUACCUUCACAACCAGUGUCAGCCACCGAUUAUCCAUUGCGAUCUCAAGCCGAGCAACAUCCUGCUUGCGGAAGACAUGAGCGCUCGGGUUGGAGAUUUCGGCAUAUCGAAGAUCCUUUCCGACGACACUAGUAAAGCUCUGCUAAACUCAAUCAGCUUCACUGGACUAAGGGGCUCGAUCGGUUAUGUUCCUCCAGAGUAUGGCGAGGGUCGAUCUGUCUCGGCUCUUGGGGACGUCUACAGCCUCGGGAUACUGCUGCUCGAGAUGUUCACCGGGAGGAGCCCUACCGACGGCGUGUUCCAAGGCUCGUUGGACCUCCAUCGCUUCGCCGAGGCUGCCCUCCCAGACAGAGCCUCGGAGAUAGCCGACCCGUCCAUCUGGCAGCACGACGAAGCCACCGCAAAAGAUCCUGCAGACGCUGCCGCGUUGAGGAGCCGGAGCGAGGAGUGCUUGGCUUCAGCGAUCCGGCUCGGCGUCUCCUGCUCGAAGCAGCAGCCGAGAGAGCGGGUGGCGAUGCGGGAUGCCGCUGUGGAGAUGCGUGCGAUUAGAGACGCGUACCUCAGGGUUGCCAGCUAGCUGGUUGAAUGGAGGUGUGGGCACACAAGCAUCUUGCUCUGAUCGAUUUUCGGUGUUCAAAAUCCGAAGCAGCAAAGCUGGAUGUCCAGCUCUGAAGUAAGAGAGUGUUUGAAUGGACUACAGUUAAUAGUUAGUUAGCUAAAAAAUUGCUAGUAGAAUUAGCUAGCUAACAAAUAGAUAGCUAGCUAUUAACUAAUUUACUAAAAAUAGCUAAUAGUUGAACUAUUAGCUAGCGUGUUUAGAUGUCUCCAAUUAAUUUUAGUUAUUAACUAUUAGCUCUAGUGCAUUCAAACACUUCCUAAAUCUUCGUACGGUUUAGAAAAUUCAUUCAUAGUUAUGAGAAAUGCAAAAUCAACACAUUUGUAUUUGUUGUUAUGUCCUCUGUCCUAAAUUAUAUAUGGUUCUAGUUUCUUUUAAAGAGCCAAAGCAUCCUAAAUUUAAUAAACUAUAUAAUAAAAUCAUUAUAUUUAUGAUAGCGAAAAGAACUCUAGUGGUCUAGCCUAGUUGUUAAUGGCUUUCGAGUAGCAUCUCAAAGUUCUAUAGUUCUAUGUUCGAUCUCCUUUGAGAGUGAAUUUCCAAACUUUGUUAAAAAAAUUUCUCGUGUUCCAUCCGCUCUCGGGUUACGAUGUCUUAUGCACCACUCUCCGGUUGGUCUGUUGCAGAUUAGACGGGGUUUUGGAAUUUUUUCGCAUAGGACCAUUGUUUCAGUUUUUUCUUAAUAUAAUACUGAGAGAGCGAUUUUUCCCUAUCCGACUGAUUACUCUUU